GCGAUGAUGGCGGGAAUGUGAAAAUUUACAACGGAAGUGAUGACCGCGAUAUCAUCUCGCGAUAUUUUGCUUUUUUUUUGUAUCCAUUAUGUCUCCGGGUCUGCCGAGUAGAGCCUCGCUUUAGUUUUGGGAUAAAUUACGUUGAGUUUUGAGCUAUUUGAGGCGGUUUAAAACGCACAGAUUGCACUGGUAGUAGUCUGUUUUUUCCGCUAUAUCCGUGAACUCGAAGGUAUAUUAACGAACGCGCCGGCUGGACUCCAUUUGUCAGGACAGUUAGUAGCUAGCUCGGGCUAGCUUCGCGCUAGUAACGCCAACUUAGUAGUAUUGCAACCACAUUGACCACACUUAGGCAGAUUUAAUAGUUUACAAAGGGGCACAGACACCACAGAGAGCUUCAGAGAAUGCUGGCAACGGGAGCGGCUGUAUCCAAUGUCACAGCCCUGGCUCAGGUAGACCGGGAGAAGAUCUACCAGUGGAUCAAUGAGUUGUCAAGCCCAGAGACCAGAGAGAAUGCCCUACUGGAGCUGAGCAAGAAACGCGAAUCCGUGCCAGACCUGGCACCAAUGCUCUGGCAUUCCUGUGGCACCAUUGCUGCUCUGCUGCAGGAAAUAGUGAACAUCUAUCCAUCUAUAAACCCACCCACGCUCACAGCACAUCAGUCUAACAGAGUGUGCAAUGCUCUGGCACUCCUGCAGUGUGUCGCCUCUCACCCAGAGACACGGUCGGCUUUUCUCGCAGCCCACAUUCCCCUUUUCCUUUAUCCGUUUCUGCACACUGUGAGCAAAACGCGCCCAUUUGAGUACCUGCGCCUCACCAGCCUCGGGGUCAUAGGCGCCUUGGUCAAAACGGAUGAACAAGAAGUGAUAAACUUCCUUCUCACAACUGAAAUCAUCCCUCUGUGUCUCCGCAUCAUGGAAUCGGGGAGCGAACUGUCCAAGACGGUUGCUACCUUCAUACUGCAGAAGAUCCUGCUGGAUGACACAGGUCUGGCUUAUAUAUGUCAGACUUAUGAACGUUUCUCCCACGUGGCCAUGAUUCUUGGUAAAAUGGUGCUGCAGCUCUCCAAAGAACCAUCAGCUCGGCUGCUGAAGCACGUCGUCCGCUGCUACCUUCGCCUCUCUGAUAAUCUCAGAGCCAGAGAGGCCCUGCGUCAGUGCCUACCUGACCAGCUGAAGGACAGCACCUUUGCCCAGGUGCUGAAGGACGACACAACCACCAAACGCUGGCUGGCUCAGCUGGUCAAGAACCUGCAGGAGGGCCAAGUGACCGAUGCCCGGGGCAUCCCACUGGCCCCGCAGUGAAGAAGCAUGAAUUUACAGGAGACACAAACGGACUCGAGAAUUUGUAUUCUGCCACAUAUGGUGCUAAGACUGUCUGCAAAGUAAAGAGCAUGAUAGAA